GUGUACAGUGUAUAGUGUAGUGUACAGUGUACGUGCGCGGUGCCGAGGACCACGAUGCGCGCGCUGCUCCUCACGUGCGCGACCCUCCUGGCGGCGGCAGUCGGUCACAGGACCGAGAGAAGCGGAUCCGCCGCCAGAUGCCUCCAACACUGCAUCCCCGACGAGAUCUUGGGGCAGUUAUUCCUCAUGGCCCAUCGCUCCAGAAGCUCGCUUCCAAAGGAUGAUAAUAAACACACAAAACUCCUACCGAACUUCUCACGGUCUCUGAGGAAACCAACCGGAAUAAGAGUUAUAAAGGAGAUGCUGCAUUUCUACUUCUAUGAUGUCUUCAGCUAUGAGUCCCUGGAAAUCAGCAACCAGGAGAAGAUACUGACUUCCCUCUCCCGGAUGAAAGAAGAUGUGAGCUACUGUCUGGGAUUGUACCCCAGUAAACUGUCCUCCAAAGACAAAAACCUCAUUCGAAUAAUGAAAGCCACAUUUACUAAGAUGAGGACUGCAGGAGUGUACAAGGCCAUAGGAGAGUUCAAGACUUUGCUAAUCUGGAUGGACACCUACAUGCACAUCAAAAAUAACAGAAAGAAACAAGAGAAACAGCCAGGAGCACCAACAUCUGCCACGGAAGUUACCUCCUUAAUGUGAGGAAAGGUGGAAAGCACCUCCAUAUGAACCAGUAAAUCACUGUUUACCUCCUACAUCUGUCUUAUACUUGAAUGCACUUCCUCGCCAAGCCAGGCACAGGGCAAAAUAAUAUAAUUUUCUUUUAAAUUACAAUUUUUUUAAGGAUUUUAAGUAUUUUUGA